AUGGACCAGCAGCGGAAGAGAAGGGGAACACCACCUAGCCAGAAAGGCCUGGGUAGAAGAGCUGCCCGUACAGACAAGUCACUGCCAGCCCAGCAGGAACCUCCUGACACGACGCGGAUCUUCUGUGAUGAGGAUGUGUGCUAUGAGACUAGCUUCCGGGUUGUCAAAGAUGAUACGCUCUCUGACUGUUACAUAGAAUGCAUAGUAAGAGGUGAGUUUUCUGAACCUAUCGUGGAAGAGGACCCACUCUUUCAGUCCUUUGAACGUCUGAAAGAAGGAUCAGAACAAGACCUUUCUCAACAGGUUCUUGCGGCAAGCUCACUUCUUGAAUGUUCUUUGGAAUAUAUGAAAAGGGAUGCAAAACGAGAAUUUCCUCAACAGAUGAUUGGAGAGAAUCCACUUCUUGAGUUUUCUGAGUACAAGACAAGCAAGAAGCUUCCUCCGGGAGGAAUACCCAACAUGGACUUUUCAGAACCUAAACAGCUCACAGGAUGUACUAGAAGGAGGCCAAAUACAAAGAAAGAAUAUGGUGCUCCUGAAAGCUAUGUUUGUCCUCACGACGGAUGCAUAAGAGAGUUCAAGAAUAAAACAUCCCUGAGGAAGCAUCUUCGAGUUCAUAAUCCCCGAGAUCAUGUGUGUGCAGAAUGUGGGAAAGCCUUCAAGGAGAGUACAAAGCUAAAAAGACAUUUUCUGGUUCAUACUGGAGAGAGGCCAUUUCCGUGCACUUUUGAAGGGUGCGGAAAACGCUUUUCCCUGUCCUUCAACUUGCGUACACACGUGCGCAUCCACACUGGGGAGAAACCUUUCGUGUGUCCUUUUGUAGGCUGUCGCAGAAAAUUUAUUCAGUCGAAUAACAUGAAAGCCCACCUCUUGACUCAUGCAAAGGCCAAUAUGAGUCUGUGA